AAUGUCUUCAGUUUUCCCGCGCCUCACAAACCCAAUAAGUCUCUGUUAAUGUUCGUCUCUCCAACUAGGAUAACAAGUUCAUUCCUUUUAAUCCUAGACGGAUUAAUCUUUCGAUUUCGUUAGUCCCAUCAAAAUUCGAAAAUAACCCACGAAAUUUGUUGUGUUUAUCAAUGCGUUUUCUGUUAACCCAUUUCAGGGCAUUCAGCACAGGAAUUGCAACAUCACCCUCUUCACAGAUUUCCUAUUUCGCUCGCCUAGGACAAAUUGAGAAUGCCCGGAAGGUUUUCGAUGGAUUGUCUGAAAAAACGGUUGUUUCUUGGAACUCAAUCAUUGCGGGGUACUUUCAGAACAAUCAGCCAUGCGAAGCUCGGUUUCUGUUUGAUAAAAUGCCUCAGAGAAACAUCGUUUCUUGGAAUGGAUUGAUUUCUGGGUAUGUCAAGAAUGGGAUGAUUACGGAAGCUAGGAGAGCGUUUGAUAAAAUGCCUGAGAGAAAUGUUAUUUCCUGGACUGCCAUGAUUCGGGGAUAUGUGCAGGAAGGCAUGAUGGAGGAAGCAGAGGCGUUGUUUUGGAAAAUGCCUGAAAGGAAUGUGGUGUCUUGGACGGUUUUGUUAGGUGGUUUGAUUCAGGAAGGUAGGAUUGAUGAGGCACGUAGGUUGUAUGAUGCAAUGCCAGUGAAGGAUGUGGUCGUCAGGACUAAUAUGAUUGGAGGGUAUUGUAAAGAAGGACGUUUGAGUGAAGCAAGAGAGAUUUUUGAUGAGAUGCCACAUAGGAAUGUGGUCUCUUGGACUGCUAUGAUUACUGGAUAUGCACAGAAUAAUCGUGUGGAUGUUGCUAGGAAGCUCUUUGAAGUAAUGCCUGAGAAAAAUGAGGUUUCUUGGACGGCUAUGUUGAUGGGCUAUAUGCAGAGCAGAAGGAUGGAAGAGGCUUUGGAUAUUUUUGAGGCAAUGCCUGUGAAGUCUGAUGCUGCCUGUAAUGCAAUGAUUCUUGGUUUUGGAUUGAACGGGCAGGUGGCAAAAGCAAGGAUGAUAUUUGAUACAAUGUCAGAGAAGGAUGAUGUGACAUGGAGCACAAUGAUAAAAGUUUAUGAAAGGAAGGGAUUUGAAUUAGAAGCACUUGAUUUGUUUGCAUUGAUGCAGAAAAAGAGAGUCAGGCCCAAUUUCCCAUCCAUGAUUAGCAUUCUCUCUGUUUCUUCCAGCCUUGCAAGUCUUGAUCAUGGUAGACAGGUUCAUGCACAGUUGGUGAGGUCUCAGUUUGAUCUUGACCUGUAUGUUGCCUCUGUUUUGAUUACAAUGUAUGUUAAGUGUGGUUAUCUUGUAAAGGCAAAGCAAGUUUUUGACGGAUUUACUCCAAAGGAUAUUGUUAUGUGGAAUUCUAUCAUCACUGGUUAUGCCCAACAUGGUCUAGCAGAGGAAGCUUUACAAGUUUUCCAUGACAUGUUUUCAUCAGGAUUUAUGCCAGAUGAUGUUACCUUUAUCGGCGUUCUUACAGCUUGUAGCUACUCUGGGAAUGUUGAUGAAGGGCUCAAAAUUUUUGAAUUAAUGAGAUCCAAAUAUAACGUGGAGGCAAAAACUGCACAUUAUGCUUGCGUUGUGGAUCUGCUCGGCCGAGCAGGCAGGGUAAACGAGGCAAUGAAUUUGAUUGAAAAUAUGUCAGUUGAAGCAGAUGCGAUUGUUUGGGGUGCUUUAUUAGGAGCAUGUAGAACCCACAAGAAGUUUGAUUUGGCUGAAGUCGCAGCAAAGAAGCUUUUACAUCUGGAGCCUGAAAAUGCUGGUCCUUAUAUUUUGUUGUCGAAUUUAUAUGCAUCUCAAGGUAGAUGGGACGAUGUGGCAGAGCUGAGAAAAAACAUGAAGGCAAGGAGUGUCAACAAGUUCCCAGGAUGUAGCUGGAUUGAGGUAGAGAAGAGAGUACAUAUGUUUACCAUGGGUGACAGCUCAGGCCAUCCUGAGCAUGUAAUGAUUAUGAAGAUGUUGGAGAAAUUAGCUGGAUUGUUGACGGAAGCUGGGUAUUGUCCUGAUGGUAGCUUUGUGCUGCAUGAUGUGGAUGAGGAAGAGAAGAUGAAUAACUUGAGGUAUCACAGUGAGAAACUGGCUGUGGCAUAUGGACUUUUGAGGGUGCCUAAAGAGAUGCCCAUACGGAUCAUGAAAAAUCUUCGGGUUUGUGGGGAUUGCCACUCUGCAAUUAAAUUAAUAUCUAAAAUUACAGGGAGAGAGAUCAUCUUGAGGGAUGCUAAUCGGUUCCAUUGUUUUAAGGGUGGCUUGUGUUCUUGCAAAGACUACUGGUGACUGAGGAUCCCGUAAGGUUUAUUAAUGUCAUUACUGAGUGUGGGGUGGUCACUCCUUCCAUCAACAUUCAAUG